AUGCCCCUCAUCGACCUCAUCCGCACCGAUCCCACCCUUAACGAAAUCCGCCAGUAUAUUUAUCUACGUUUCCCGCUGUCGGAACUGGAGCUGACGCCCGGCCUGGCUCAACUGAAUUUAUCUGAUUUCUAUUUUAUGUCAUAUCUCAUCUCGCUCUGGUUUAUCUGGUCGCAUCCCUUCUACAACUGGAUCGACCGGGAUUUGUUUUUGCGGGAGAUGCAGACUGGCAAGCGGAUAGGUAUUCUGGCCGACGUAUAUGUCUACUCGGACCACCGGGAUGUGUUUACCAUCCCCGGCGAUACUGCCUCCAAAGGCCUCUAUUUCUAUGAGGAAGCAAAGCGGUUAUUCGAUUAG